GGGCGGAACGGAGGCGGAGCCCGUGGGCGGAGCCUCGGGGCUGGGCGCGCGGGGGUCGCCGCCACCGGAUCGGGAACCAGCGCGAGCGCCGCUGCAGCCGGCAGCAUGGCUAGCACGGCCUUGGAAAUCAUCGCCUUCGUAGUCUCCAUCUCGGGCUGGGUGCUGGUGUCUUCCACGCUGCCCACCGACUACUGGAAGGUCUCCACCAUCGAUGGCACGGUCAUCACCACCGCCACUUAUUUUGCCAACCUAUGGAAGAUGUGCGUUACCGAUUCCACCGGUGUCGCCAACUGCAAGGACUUCCCCUCCAUGCUGGCGCUGGAUGGUUACAUCCAGGCAUGCAGAGGACUGAUGAUCGCUGCGGUCAGCCUGGGAUUUUUCGGUUCCAUUUUUGCACUCUUUGGGAUGAAGUGUACCAAAGUUGGAGGCUCAGAUAAAGCCAAAGCUAAGAUCGCUUGCUUGGCUGGGAUUGUAUUCAUAUUGUCAGGUCUGUGCUCCAUGACAGGCUGCUCCCUGUACGCAAACAAAAUCACAACAGAAUUCUUCGAUCCUCUCUUUAUGGAGCAAAAGUAUGAAUUAGGAGCGGCUCUCUUCAUUGGCUGGGCAGGAGCCUCUCUCUGCAUCAUUGGGGGCGUCAUAUUUUGCUUCUCAAUCUCCGACAACAACAAAACACCCAGAGUGGCCUACACAUACAAUGGACCCACGUCGGUCAUGUCUUCUCGGACCAAGUAUCAAGGCGGAGAAGGAGAUUUUAAAACCACAGGCCCUUCAAAACAGUUUGAUAAAAAUGCCUAUGUCUAAAGAGCUCUGGCAAGCUGCCUCCUGAGUUUGCUGCGAAAGAGAACUGUUCUCACAAUGCUCCCUCCAGGGCUCUCCUGUAAUUACCGCUUAAGCUGUUUUUUAAAAUAUAAAUUUGAAGACUGUUGAUUGGAUGUAAAAGUUCUUAUAGUUAUAUACUAAUCAUUUUCUGUUGUGCCUUUCUAUAAGGGAAAUAAACAGGUUAUUAUUACAGGAUUUUUACAUUUUAUACACAUAGCAGACACGGACACCCUUAGUUCAUAAGGCUCAGGGAAUGAUAGCCACUUUGAUCCUUAAUAUGCUGAGAACUUCCCUCAUUCCAUCCAUAUAUCAAACAGAAGGGUGUAGACUACAGUGUCCUGUGAAGGGGACAGGAUGGUCUCAGGCUAGUCCUCAUCUAGUAUCCGAGCCAAACAACUUCAGAAUCUACCAUGUAGCUGACUUCUAGUUCCUUAGUUCUGUCUGUCAGGACUGCCAUUCAUCAUGAUGGCUUGAGAACGGGCGAGUGAGACCAAGGUGCCUUUGCCCUGUGUGGACCAUAAACCACACAGGCUUGUCUGACCCAGAGCACAUUACCACUGGCUGAGCUGGCCACCAGUGGCGGCUGAACCUAAAGCCAGCUAAGGACGCUCUGGGGCCUGUGUGGGCCUGCCUCUCUCCUUUCCUGUGUCCCACGGGUCUGCACACAGCACUUACUAGGUCACUGAGACACUGGCCAUUUUUCAAGACGUGGAACUUGAUCAGGUGGUUUUGGAACAAAGAUGUAGAUGAAUUCCUAAGGCCAGCCCUGCAUGUCACUUACCCACAAAGGCAGUGCUUGUCCCCACGAGCAUGCAGCUUACAGGUCACAGCACAUUUACCCUUACACCUUCCCCUUAACCACGGGUGCUCACCUUUUCCUGUGUGUGCAGUGGAGAAACGUAGAGAGGCAAAUGACCCCUGUAGAGACAGAACCAGGACGUGAGCUAGUCUAGGGUAAAAUACAUGGUUUCAAGUUGUAAGGAUUGGUACUUCUGUCAUAGGCUAUAAAUUGCCCAGAACGAGUCAAAUGACUGACUACAUGACUUUCCCAGAGGGUAAAAGACUGAAAAGAAGGGGAAAAAAAGGCACAUUGUUUGCAGGUACUCAAUGGAAAGA